AGAUGAUAACAAUUGGCUGGAAAUUUUCCAUCGAAGAUCAGUAGUUAUUUAGCAGCUGUUGAUAAGAAUUGUUAAACUUAAUUAUAAUACGUCUGUAUUAGGUCAAUUUUUAAUUAUUGGACAACUUUUAGAUAAUAACAACUUAACAACUUAAAAAAACCGAAACCAGUACAAAGGUCAAAUUUUAUACAUAUCAAGAAAAAUGUUGCACCUGAAUCUUUUGAGAUUUUUGGUCCGCGGGGGUCAAAAAAGACUGAUGUCCACUGCCACAAAGUUGACCACAGUGGAGGUUAACGACAAGACCGGAAUUGCUACCCUUACAAUGAAUCGGCCUCCGGUCAAUAGCCAAAACGUACAAUUAUUAUUGGACCUGCAGUCUUCCAUCAGCGAAAUCGAAAACAACAAGAGCCGGGGCCUCAUUUUAACCUCCGCAAGUUCCAAUGUGUUUUCAGCUGGGCUGGACAUCCUGGAAAUGUAUAAUACGGACGAGGAGCGACUCCGAAUCGUUUGAUCGCGAUUUUCUGGCUCCGUGUGAACUUCGCCUGGAAAUGCUUAACCAGCUGAUCGUUUCGGCUUGAGUGUUUGUUUUUUUUUGGUUCGCAACUCGACUUUAUAUAUGAUAAACAGGUUAAUUUGUUUAAAUUCCUGCCUGCCGCUCAGUGCGUGAUUGCUGCUCCAAAUCCGAAGUCAUCGUAAUGUUGCGUAACAGACUGAUAGAAACAGCCCGCCGGAUGAAACCCAUCCUUUGCGGGGGGCAAUCCCUGCGAUCCCUCACACAAGGGGCUAACUCAAAGCUGACCACUAUAGAGGUCGAUGAUAAGAGUGGAAUCGCUACUCUAUCGAUGAAUCUGCCGCCGGUGAACACUCUGACCAUGGAUUUGAUGCACGACCUCAUCGAUUCGAUCAAUGAGAUCGAGAGCAACAGGAGUCGCGGCCUUAUCCUGACCUCGAGCAAUGACAAGGUCUUCUCCGCUGGCCUUGAUCUCAAUGAGCUUCUGAAUCCGGAAGUGGAGCGCUUACGGUUAUUCUGGACCCGUUUUCAGGAUUUGUGGCUGGCCCUCCAUCUUUGUGGUAUUCCCACAGCGGCAGCUAUUAAUGGACAUGCUCCUGCCGCCGGCUGUGUUUUGGCCACUGCCUGCGAGUACCGGGUGAUGCUUCAAAAUCGGUUCAUCGGAAUCCAUGCCACCCGUUUCAGUUUCGUCAUCUCUAAGUGGAUGAUGCUCUCGUACCAGAGCGUUUUGCCCCGCCGGAUUGUCGAGCGCGCUUUGAACCAAGGUAAGCUCUUCCCCGCCGAGGAAGCCUUGGAGGUGGGUCUCGUCGACGAGGUCGUGUGCAGUAAGGAGGAGGCGCUGUCCAAGUGCGCCGCCUUUAUAGCCACUUUCGACAAGGCUAAUCCACUGGCCAGGACCUUAACCAAGCGAAUGUGCCGUGAACCAGAUGUGCAGGAGCUGCUAAAGGAUCGGGCCGGCGAUCUGAAGGAGUGCGUGGACUACGUCACUUCUCCACUUUUCCAGGAGGGACUUUGCAAUCACCUCAAGGGCCUUAAAAGUAGGAAAUAGAGGGGCUUCUAAAGCUAGGUGAUGAAAUUGCAUUUAUUAUAUAUGUAUAUGGGUAUUAAAGUUGUUAAUCCGAA